AUGGCAGACCAAGGUAGUAUGGCCAACCUGGUUGCUGGUGCAGCCAAAUCAGCAGACGGCGGCGCUACAACAGCUCCGUCUGGCGACCGCACUGAUGAAAAGGACCAACGUCGACUGUUCAACUAUCCCCUAGUCAAGUUUUGUGAUAUGUCUGAUGAAGUACGAGCAGAGGCAGUCGAUAUGGCAGUCACAGCUGUAGAAAAGCAUCCAGGAAAUCACGAGGCUUCUUCAAAAACAAUUAAAGAGUUGAUGGAUAAACGAUGCGGAAGUUCAUGGCAUGUAGUUGUCGGCGAAGGAUUUGGGUUUGAAAUCACUCACGAGAUGCGCAAUUUGCUACACAUGUACUUUGGAGGGAAUAUUGGCAUCUUGAUAUGGAAGGCAUCAUAA